AUGCCGGGCCCGGCCACCGCCGGCCCUUUUCAGCGGCCGCUCCCGGGUCGACCUGUGUUCCUCCAGCCGCCCCAGAGCGGGGUAGACCUGUUCUCCCGGCGACCGCCCGCCCGCCCUCGCAGCGCCAACCCCGGGGGCGGCUGGCAGACCCCCCCCGGCCGCCUGCCGAAGGGGGGCUCGGCGGGCGGGCCGGGGCUCGGCGGCCGCUCGCCCGACGGACGAGAGGCGGCGCCGCCGCUCAGCGGGAAGGGGGGCGGACGGCAGCAGGUCUACCCCGCCGAUAGCCGCCAGAGACGAAGACGCGCAGGCGGCAACAGGUCUACCCCGGCGGCAAAGUCCGUUCGAGGAGGUGCCGUCGACACUGCGCCCGCCCGCACGGGAUGGCACCGCGCGGGACAGCGCUCGCGCCCCUCUCGCUCACCCGCGCUGUCCGCCACGGGCGGCCCCCCCCCGGCGCCGACGGGCAACAGGUCUACCUCCUCGCCCGGAGACGGCGGCAAACGGGUUCCCCUCUACACCGCGCACGCGCGCGGUGAAGGGAAACCCGCCGCCGCCGCCGCCGCCGCCGCCGCCCGCGGCUGGCCGCGCGGCCAAGCCCCCGCACCGCGUAUCGGGCCUGGGGACCCGCGCGGAGGAAAGUCGAGGCCGCGCGGCCCGGCGGGGCCUCUCUCUCUCUCUGGGAAGCGCGCGCGCUUUUCCCCCCAGCGCGCCGCCGGCGGCAACGCGGCCCUUGGCUCGCUGCCCGGCCCCCGGACUCCGCGUAUCGGGCCUGGGACCCGCGCGGAGGAGGGCACGAAGGCGGACCCGCGUGAGCGAGGGCGCCCCCCGCGCGCCCUUCGCUACCGGGGCCCCCUGUCGGCCCCGGCCCGCCGAGAGAGGCCUCGGAGGAAGGAAGGAAGGAAGGAGGAGGAUUCAGGGCGCGCCGCCGCGCCCGCGCGCCGCCGCGCCCGCGCGCCGGCCGGCCGCUUCGGUUCGGUUCGGUUCGAUUCGCUCGAGGCUAGCGACAAAAGCUUGUGUCGAGGGCUGAUUCUCAAUAGAUCGCAGCGAGGGAGCUGCUCUGCUACGUACGAAACCCUGACCCAGAAUCAGGUCGUCUACGAAUGA